AGCUUCGUUAUAUUUUGAUCCCAUGAUAAAAGGAACAACAGGACACGGAGACACCAUUUUGAUCCUUCGUCUCCACAACUUAUAAAGUUGUUAAGUUGAAGGAGAACUUUUCAAGAAUGAGAAGCCUUAUACGACUCCAAGUCCAGAGCCUGAAGAUGUUUAUAAAUUCUUCUUUUGCAGGAGGCUAAGCGCUCUGUUCAAAGAUGUAAAUAGAUAUCUUCCAAUCAGAAAAGCCACAAAUUAAUCGAAGAUGAAGAGGAGAAAAAACGAGAUACAAACUCCCAAUGCACAGUCUGGUGCCGCUGUCGCUUCCAUGCCAUCAUAAAAUGAGUUCAGAUCAGUGUACUCGUGGAGGACAAUUUCAGCACCCCGUAAGAGAGCUGCCGUUGAUGCCUUCUGCUACUAAUUAUGAUAGCUCUUUGGUACAGCAAACUCAGAUUCUGUGCAAAUCCUCGGGAAAUAGCAAAGCUACUCGGAAGGUUAACUGCGUUCGAACUAUACAUCAGAAGGAUCAGUCAAAACAGAACACACUUCCAGAUUUUGAUUCUUACACUAUUAGGACGAAGGCUCAGGUCCAUAUCCUGGUGCUCAGAAACACUAUGUUAAUAAUGAAAUCAGAAUGCUGGAGCGUUUCCGAGUAUGAAAACGCUGUCUCAAGAACGGAUAUUCCGAAUGCAUUAUCCUUGAGCAUGACAAGCAUGAUUUUUUGAAGAGAUAAAUAGACGUGUAUGGCUAUUGCUGCAUGUAUAAAGCUUUGUCAGGUCUUCAUAAGCAGGGUGUUCUUCAUAGGGAUGUUAAGCCAGGAAACCUUCUUUUUCUCUAGGAAGAGUAGUAAAGGCUAUUUCAUUGACUUUAACUUCGCCAUGGUUAGCCAUUCUCUUAUCAAUAUUUUUUUUCUAGCAAAGGUUACUGGUUAGUGUUUCUUACGAUACAACGUGAGGCACUGUAAAGCUGGAGCUAACAAAACGUUUGUAUUCAUAGUUCGAAUUAUGUUCCCACCCACCGAUAUUAAUAUCCGUCUUGCAUUAGUGGCUUAACUAGGAUUUGCACCAGAAGUACAGGAGAGCCGGCAAAUAAAAAGUAGCUUCAGAUCUACCAACCGCCAGCAAGAAAUGACCAGUAAAUAGUUUUAAAUUUUGCAGUCAAUAUUUUAAAAUUUGACCCCACAACAACAACCACGCAUUGCAUGACAUGCAAAUUUUGUUUUUACUCAUAUAAAUUAUAUUUUGUGACAGAAAAAAAAAUCAAUUAUAGUAGAUUAAGCAAACAAAGAAAUGGAAUUAAAAAUGUUUUGUACAUGUAGAAUAAGUCUUCUUUCAAAGUCUUCUUUGAAUAAUAUGCGGAGUUUCUCUGUGUGCAUCUCAACGUUCAGAGUGACUUCUCAUAUAACUUUGACUUUUGGUAUCUUUUCUCUAUGGCUUCUUCUUCUUGCAGCCGGAGAUACGACGUUUUCCCUAGCUUCAGUGGAGAAGAUGUUCGCAAAUCAUUCCUCAGCCAUCUUCUCAAGGAACUCGACCGCAAGUCAAUCAUUACAUUCAUAGAUCAUGGGAUCAAGAGAAGCCGCCCUAUCGGCCCUGAGCUUUUGUCUGCGAUAAGAGAAUCGAGGAUCUCAGACAUAGUCUUCUCUAAAAGUUAUGCUUCAUCCAGCUGGUGCUUGAAUGAGUUGGUGGAAAUCCACAAGUGCUAUAUGGAGGUGGAUCAGACGGUGAUUCCUAUUUUCUACGGCGUUGAUCCUUCUGAUGUUAGAAAACAGACAGGAGAGUUUGGAAAGGCCUUUGGAGAGACAAGCAAGGGCACAACAGAGGAUGAGAAACAAAGGUGGAUGCGAGCUCUAGCUGAGGUAGCAAAUAUGGCCGGAGAGGAUCUUCAAAACUGGUGUAACGAAGCCAACUUGAUUGAUAAGAUAGCCGACAAUGUUUCGAAUAAACUUAUUACACCAUCGAAUUAUUUUGGUGAUUUCGUUGGGGUCGAAGCUCAUUUAGAGGCAAUGAAUCAAUUGUUGUGCAUUGAAUCUGAGGAAGCUAGAAUGGUGGGGAUUGUAGGGCCUUCAGGGAUUGGUAAGACUACCAUAGCAAGAGCUCUUUUCAGUCAACUCUCUAGCCGAUUCCACUAUCGGGCUUUCUUAGCUUAUAGGAGAACCAUCCAAGAUGACUAUGGCAUGAAGUUGUGUUGGGAAGAACGGUUUCUCUCAGAAAUUCUGUGUCAAAAGGAAUUAAAGAUAUGCUAUUUAGGUGUGGUGAAGCAAAGGUUAAAACUCAAGAAAGUUCUUAUUUUUCUUGACGAUGUUGAUGACGUAGAGCUACUCAAGACCUUGGUAGGACGAACUAAAUGGUUUGGAUCAGGGAGCAGAAUUAUUGUCAUAUCUCAAGAUAGGCAACUUCUCAAGGCUCAUGAUAUUGACCUUGUUUAUAAGGUGGAGUUCCCAUCUGAAGAUGUUGCUCUCAAAAUGCUUUGUCGAUCUGCUUUCGGGCAAAACUCUCCACCUAAUGGUUUCAUGGAACUCGCAGUUGAAGUUGCAAAGCUUGCCGGUAAUCUUCCUUUGGGUCUCAAUGUCUUGGGUUCGUCUUUACGAGGAAGGGGCAAAGAUGAGUGGAUGAAGAUGAUGCCUAGGCUUCGAAAUUAUUUGGACGGUAAAGUUGAGAAAACAUUAAGAGUCAGCUACGAUAGGUUAGAUGGCAAAGACCAAGAGUUAUUUCUCUUCAUUGCAUUUGCACGUUUAUUCAAUGGUGUGCAAGUCAGUUACAUAAAAGACUUGCUCGGAGAUAGUGUUAACACUGGGCUUAAAACGUUGGCUGAUAAGUCCCUCAUACGUAUAACAUCGAAUGAAACUAUAGAGAUGCAUAACUUGCUACAUAAGUUGGCUAGAGAAAUUUUCCGUGCAGAGUCCAUAAACAAUCCUGGAAAACGCCGGUUUCUGGUGGAUGUUGAGGACAUUCGCGAUGUAUUUACAGAUAAAACCGGCACGGAAACUGUUCUAGGACUAUAUUUCAACGCAUUAAAACUCGAGGAACCAUUUUCAAUGGAUGAAAAAUCGUUUGAAGGCAUGUGUAAUCUCCAGUUUCUCAUAGUCAGAGACUAUGUUGGUUACUGGGUUCCACAGGGAAAAUUGCAUCUACCUCAAGGCCUCUUUUAUUUACCCCGUAAACUCAGAUUGCUCAGGUGGGAUGGUUAUCCAUCCAAGUGCUUGCCUUCUAAUUUUAAGGCAGAGUAUCUUGUUGAACUCAGAAUGAAGAAUAGUUCGCUUGAGAAGCUGUGGGAAGGAACUUUGCCACUUGGAAGACUCAAGAAGUUGAUUAUGAGUUGGUCCACGUACUUAAAAGAACUUCCGGAUCUCUCUAAUGCCAAAAGCCUCGAGGAAGUAUAUCUUGAUAGAUGCACAUCUCUGGUGACAUUUCCUUCCUCGAUUCAGAAUCUCCAUAAACUGAGGGAGUUGGAUUUGGAAGGGUGCACAGAGCUAGAAAGUUUUCCAACUCUUAUCAACUUGAAAUCUCUCGAGUACCUCAAUCUCAGAGAAUGCUCCCGGUUGAGAAAUUUCCCUCAGAUAUAUAUAAACAGUUCUCAAGGAUUUAGCCUCGAAGUAGAAGGCUGUUUCUGGAACAAUAAUCUCUGUGGACUCGAUUAUCUCGGCUGCAUUAUGAGAUGUAUUCCCUGUAAAUUUCGCCCAGAACAGCUCAUCGGUCUCACAGUGAAAAGCAACAUGCUUGAGAGGCUAUGGGAAGGCGUCCAGUGUCUUGGAAGUCUCGAAAUGAUGGAUGUGUCAAGCUGUGAAAACCUUACAGAGAUUCCAGAUCUUUCAAUGGCCCCCAAUCUCAUGUAUUUGAGACUCAACAAUUGCAAAAGUUUGGUGACUGUUCCUUCUACAAUUGGGAGUCUCUGUAAACUGGUGGGGUUGGAAAUGAAAGAAUGCACAAUGUUGGAGGUUCUUCCAACUGAUGUCAACUUGUCAUCUCUCAGAACACUCUAUCUCAGUGGGUGCUCAAGGUUGAGAAGUUUUCCUCAGAUUUCAAGGAGCAUUGCAAGUCUAUAUCUAAAUGACACCGCCAUUGAAGAAGUUCCCUGCUGCAUAGAGAAUUUCUGGAGGCUCUCUGAACUAUCGAUGUCUGGUUGCAAGAGGUUGAAAAAUAUAUCUCCGAACUUUUUCAGAUUGAGAAGUCUUCAUCUAGUAGACUUUUCAGAUUGUGGAGAAGUCAUCACGGUACUGAGUGAUGCCAGCAUCAAGGCAAAAAUGUCAAUAGAGGAUCACUUUUCUCUUAUACCAUUAUUUGAAAACACUGAAGAGCGUUACAAAGAUGGAGCGGAUAUAGACUGGGCCGGUGUUUCAAGAAACUUCGAAUUUUUAAACUUCAAUAAUUGCUUUAAACUAGAUAGAGAUGCGCGGGAACUCAUCAUACGAUCAUACAUGAAGCCUACGGUCUUACCAGGUGGAGAAGUGCCUACGUAUUUCACGCAUCGAGCUUCUGGGAAUUCUCUAGCUGUUACUUUACCUCAGAGCUCUCUUUCUCAAGACUUCUUGGGAUUUAAGGCUUGCAUCGCUGUUGAACCUCCAAACAAAGCCGAAACUCCUUAUGUACAAAUGGGGUUGCGCUGGUACUUUAGAGGCAGAAGCAGUGUGCAUCAUUUUACGGUUUACCACCACUCAUUUAAGAUGGAUGAGGAUCAUUUGCUUAUGUUCCACUUUGGUUUCCCUCUAGAAGAAGUCAAUUAUACUUCAUCUGAACUAGACUAUAUCCAUGUGGAGUUUGAAUAUUGCUACCACAAGUAUGCUUGUUCUGACAUAUAUGGGCCUGACAGCCACACGCAACCUUGUCUCAUGUCGCUCAAGAUGAUAAAAGGGUGCGGUUUACGGCUCUUGAAUCUCUCCGGAUCUCCAUAUGGUGCUGUUAGAAUCUCUGAAACAGAGUACAGCCAGCAGUCUGGAGAAAGUGACAGAGAGAGUGGAAGAAGCAAUAAGCGAAUGCGGAUGAUGGUAAGAACAUCUGAAGAACCUUCCAGCUUACUAUGUGGAAAAACAGGAGCGAACACAAGAUUGAUGACUCCAAAUUUGGAGCUUUCAUUAGGGCAGGGUGAAACUUCCACUCAGAUGUCGUUGAGAAGUCUGAUACCAUCGUCCUCAGAUUCGUCGAGCAGGUUUCAUGGAGAUGGAGCAUUCUUGCGUCAUUCCCUUUCUCCUUCUGAGCCAUGUUUCAGCGGAGAAGCUUUUAAUCCCAUGAUAACAGAACAACAAGACACAGAUACACACUUUGUGGAUCAGUCGUCGUCUCCUCAGCUUAUUACAUUUUUAAGGUGAUGGAGGACUUUUCCAGAACCAAAACCAUACUACUUCGCCUGAGAAUGUUUAUAGUAUCUUUAAAUUCACAAGUUAAGAACAAAAAGUGUUGGAACUAGUUUUAAAUAGCAAGACCCUCCUCAUCAGUAACAUCUGGAUCACUGAGAACCUUAAA